UAUAGUCAAAAGUUGGGUGGCAGAAUAUUUCCAAAGGAUUAGUGUGAUUAGUAUGGAAUUUGGUAUAGUUUCAAGAGAAAUCAUCAAACCUUCUUCACCAGGACUCCAUCUUCUGAAACCAUUCCAACUUUCCUUUUUGGACCAACUCAUUCCCAAUGCAGCCUUUGUUCCACUCAUUCUCUUUUACCGUAUCAAAGAUAAUGCCCAUUUUAAUAACUUACACAUCUCAGCUAAACUCAAAAAAUCACUCUCUGAUACUCUAAAUUCCUUAUACCCGGUCUCUGGCAGAGUAAAAAACAACCUUUUUAUCGAUGAUUUUGAGCAAGGUGUUCCAUAUAUUGAAGCUCAUGUGGGAAGUCGUAUGUCUGAUUUCCUUCAGCAUCCGAAGCUGGAGUUGCUUAACCAAUUUGUUCCAUUCCAACCCCAGGAAUCAAACGCUGAAUCCAUUGCUCUGCUAGCAAUACAGCUAAACGUUUUUGAUUGUGGGAGCGUAGCACUCGGUAUGGUGGCUUCGCACAAGAUCUUUGAUGGAAGCACCCUGAGUCUUUUCCUUAAAAGUUGGGUGGCUGCGUCACGGGGUUGUCAUGACAACGUAGUACAUCCCCGUAUGUUUGAGGGAGCAUUACGUUUCCCUCCAGACGAAUCAUUGCUAAAGAAGUAUAUAUCUUUUGCAGAAAGCUCUUGGUUUAACCAAGGUAAGUAUAAGAUGAUGAGAUUUGUGUUUGAUGCUAGGGCCAUUGCCACCUUAAAGGGUAAAGCAAAAAGCGAAAAUGUUGUAAAUCCAACUCGGAUUGAUGCAAUGACUGGUUUCAUAUGGAAAUCUAUCCUGGCUGCUUCCAAGAAAGCAUCUGUCGGUGCCUAUAAACCCUCCAUGUUUGUCCAAGCAGUUAACAUUAGGGAAAAAAUGAUGCCACCUUUAUCUAGUAAUUUUAUUGGGAACGGCUUCUUGUGGGCAUCUGCAGUCUGCGACUUCGCUAAUAUUGAUGCAGAGUUACAUGAACAUGUAAUCUUAUUAAGAGAAGCAUAUGCAAAAACUGAGAGUUUCCUGAAUGUUCACCGAGUUGAUACAAGGCUUCAAGGCAUUUCUGAGUACCUCAAAUCCUUGGAAGAGAUCUCCAAGGAAAACCCAGAAGAUUUUUGCUUUUCAAGUUGGUUAAAUUUUGGUUUUGGUGAAGCCGAUUUUGGAUGGGGAAAACCUGUUUGGGUUGGGCUUGUAGGGGAAAUUGGUGCAAUGGUCAGGAGCUCCAUCGUAUUCCAAAAAGCUGAUUGGAACGCUGGAGGAAUAGAAACUUGGAUAACCCUGCGUGAAAAAGAAAUGGAAAUACUGGAAAAUGAUCCUGAUUUCCUUCAAUAUGCUUCCCCAAACCCCAGUGUAAUAAUCCCAUCUGAUUGCCUUUGAUAGCUUAUUAUGCAACAUGCAUCGUAAAUAUGAGUCGAGCUAGGAUAUUGAAUUUUAUGCAUGAUGAAUCACUCUUGGCUCAUAAAUCUAGCUUGUAAGUUUUCUUUCUUUUUUUUUUUUUUGUAAUUUGGUAUUUUAUUGAAUAAGCAGUAAGGAUGCCACGGAGAGUCUUCUACUUUAGUGGUAAGGGACUCCUUUUGGCAUAGAAGCUAGCUUAAUAGAGUCAGAACAAAAUAUUUUCAAUAAAUCGAAGCUGCUCAAUGAGAAGUUGGCAGCAUCCGGCAGAAACAGCUCCUGGUAAAAAGAUCCGGCUGAACAACAUCGUAGAAAGAAAGCUGGAGCAAACCGAAGAAAAAAGAAUGGUAGCUCCUCCAGACAAGAUUGAUAAUCAAAUUUGAUUUCUUAUUCUUAAUUUAA